CGUUACAACGUGGUGUGCCAUGCGUUCCGCUAUCUCCCGCCCUGCUCCCGCGCCCGUGCGCUGCGCGGCGUCGUUGCGAGGCCCGCGGGCGAGGGCGAGCCGGGCCGCCGCGCGCGGGCGUGGUGUCGCCGUCCCCGCGCUCCGCGCGCUGUGCGGCGGCGGGACGGAGCCGGUGGAGACGCGGAAGGACGGUGAAGGGCUAGGGAAGGAGGAGGAGGCUGCGGAGGAGCUGGAGGUGCUGGAGGCGGAGGCCAUGGGCGGGGGCGACGAGGGGCGCCGCCCCACGGACUACGACCGCCGCGCGCACAUCUUCGAGGAGAGCUCCCGGGUGUUCAGCGCCCUCAAGCACCGCCACGACAACGGCGCCGUCGGCGCAGCGGCUGAGAUGGAACGUCACGCGGACAGCGGCAGCUCGUGAUAGCGCCAUGUUGUACGCAAGAUACACAACGUGAACAUAUUAUUGUACUGAUCUAUGAGCAUCAACUCAAACUGCUAACACAUCUGCACCUGUUCUUUUGUUUUU